AUGCCGUCCCAAUUCUUUGGACCUUUGAUUGCUGGAGUUGCUCUGGCACUUCAGGUUGCUGCUGCAAGCGAGGGCGCAUCUGACCUCCAGGCCUCAUGCGCCACGACCAUCAACUGCGAAAGCACGCGGACAAAAACAUUGACUCUGCCGCCGCAGAUAUUCACGACCACUUUGCCUCCAGCGGAUCCAUCAACAUUGACUUGGACUACCACAAGCACCGAGACCAUUACGACUUCGGCGCCUGGACAGCCACCAGCUGUGACCGAGACCUCGACAACGACCGCACCAGGAAAGACUACCACUAAAACCACCACUAAAACCACCACUGAAACCACCACUGAAACCAGGACCACUGCGGCCCCUGGAGUCCCACCAACCUCGUGCCCACCCACUCGGACAACAGAAACCAGGACCACCACGACAACGGAAACCCAAACCCCUACUGGCUGCCCUCCAUGCGAGCCUUGUGCUCCCUGCGAGGAAGACAGUGAGCGUGAAGGCGGCUGUACCGAGACAGUAGAAGACUGGAAAGAUCUCCGACUGGAGUGGAACUCCGACUUCUCCAAGCCAGGCCAACCGGAGCCGAUCCUGCUCUCGACCUCCUACGACUUCCCCACUACUCUCGAGAUCACCGACGACUUGGUCUCCGGUGAGCAAUACACGGUGUAUCUGGGAACGGAGAAGCUUGGAAUGACAUCCGAGCCGGACCCCGCCACCGUCGGAUCGGACACGUGUGGCCAGGACGCUGAGAAAUGCAUUGAGGAGGGAUACUCUUAUGGAUCUUUUCAGAUCCCAGAGGGUAAUCAGUUCAUUUCCAUCAUGUGGGAGGACGCGGACCAAGAGGCUAGCUUCGGUAGCGGGCAGUACCGGUUCUCGAGGGAGACGGACUGUGACGAGGAUGACGAGUAUGAAGAGCAUGAAGAGCACAGGGUAUGGCUUUGAGGAAAGACUGAGUGCGAACGAUGAUACUCGGAAAGGUAUAUUCCGCUGUGGAUUUCGGCUAGAGAGGAUUUCUUUUCCUCUUCGCAGGAAAAUGAGGAAGUUUAGUGUUGAUAGUAAUAUUAUUCAUUCGUUUGUCACUCAAUGGUCAAGUCAUUUCAUACAAAGUUCCCAUAUUUAAAGCUGCAUCCAGUUCACGAUUAUCCAUAGAUAGGGUAAUAUUUGUCGGUAAGACUCGGCCCUGUCCGUGGAGAAAGACCCUCAACCAUGAUCCUACUACUUCAGAAUUAUCUUGUCCAGCGCAUUGAUCGUGCAAGGUUUCCGUCGUUCGUGGCUUCAGCCCGCUGGUGGACUCCCAACCUCUUUGAUUGACACCCACCGGUACCCACGUAAUUGCUUCUUCCUUCGUCGGAAGACAGCUGCGCGGAGACCCACAUUUUGAGAUCAACUU